AUGGCUCCGUCGAAGCAAAUAUUCAAGUGUAUCGGCAUCGUUGGAGCGGGGAAUAUGGGGGCCACGAUGGCGUUUGGCUUUGCUGAAAGGGGCAUCAAGGUGUCACUCUGGGACGCCAAAGCCGAGAAUGUGAGGAACGUGAUGGACAAGGUCGAAGGAGAGAAGGGAGUGGAGGAGAACAUACGGCCAUUCUACGAUAUCCAUGACUUCGUCAAGAGCGUUGAUGUGGCAAUCGACCAGGACGGACGGGGUCGUCGACCGUUCAUCUUCUCAAUCACCCAUGGCUGGCCGGCAGACUGUGUCUUGGCCUCAAUGAUGGAUGACCUUGAAGAUGGAGAUAUCAUACUCGAUGGAGGCAAUGAGAAUUAUCGAAACACGGAGCGAAGACAAGAGGAGAUGGAGAAGCAGGGAGUUAGUUGGAUUGGGAUGGGAGUGUCAGGGGGCAAUCACUCGACUAGACCUGGACCUAGUCUAGCACUUGGAGGUGACUCUGAUGCCAUCAGGGCUGUGAUGCCCCUGAUGAAGGAGUUUGCAGCGCAGGACGCUCGAACUGGUGAAUCCUGCGUGGCCAAUGUCGGAACCAGGGGUGCAGGCCACUAUGUCAAGAUGGUUCACAAUGCGAUUGAGAACGGAAUGCUGUCUACCAUAUGUGAGGCGUGGGCAUUGCUGCAUUAUGGCUUGGGUAAAUCAUAUGAUGAAAUCGGGGAUAUAUUCGAGAACUGGAACUCGGAGGGACCCCUGAGGAAUACGUUCCUUGUCCAGAUAGGGGCCAGCAUCUGUCGAGAAAAGAAGAAACCCCAGAAGGACAGCGAUAAAAGCCAAGCUGCCGACAAGCCCUAUAUCCUGGAUGACAUGCCCGAUGCUGUAAGACAUGCAGAUGAUGACGACACUGCAGGUACACUGUACUGGUCUGUCAUGGAGGCAGCAGACCGGCACGUCUCUGCUCCCAGCAUCGCAGCGGGCCAAUUCCUGCGAGUCUCCAGCGUGAACAGGAGACAGAGGCUCAAAGUGGCCCAGAAGCUAGGCAUAGCGCCCCCGAAGAGGCUCACGCACAUCCAUGAUGUCCCGACCUUUGUCGAAAAGCUUCGAGACGCAGCAUACAUCUCCAUUCUGGCAUCGUUCUGCCAGGGACUCGAGCUGAUUGCCCGUGGAUCCAAGGAUGAGAAAUGGAACACCGAUCUAGGAGACUGUCUGAAGAUCUGGCGGGCUGGUUCGAUCAUUCAGGCAGAGUAUAUAUCCGACCUGUUGAUGCCGGCGUUGACAUCUGGAGCUCAUAUCAUGAACAUGAAGCUGGUCGAUGAAGUUGCUGCCGCUAUGAACAAGAACUUUGACUCCCUGAAGCAGGUUGUCCUUAAAGGCACUGAGUCAGAUGCAUAUAUCCCAUCCCUGUCCGCGAGCCUGGAGUAUCUGAAGUAUGAAGGAGCCAAAAUGCUGCCAACGCAGUUCAUGGAGGCUGAGCUGUCUUUCUUUAAUGCCCAUCGCUAUGACUGGCCGGGGAUACGGGGAUAG